UCAGUGUAGUCUAUUUUCAGUAUAUUGAAAAUAAGAUGAUUGCUGUAUUAAGUCUAUAAUUAAGUACAUCUUGUAGAUUGUUAACAUAGUUCAAGAAGCCCUGUGAUCAUCUGUGAUCACAUUUCUGGCUAUACAAAUAUAGCCAGACAUCUACCAAUAACAUUGUAGGGACAGCACUAGGAACGCCCUCAACCGAUUUCACAGAAAAGAGACCCUGACAACAAGCAAGACGCUGUAUGUGUCGGCGCAUCUUAACAGAUCUUGUGACUUGAUGAAACAACUUUGACUUUUGGAUAGGAAAAAAUGGACAAAUUCCACAGUCAUGAUGUUAAGGAUUUGCAGUCUAUGAAGUCAGUUUCUGGGACUCUAAAUGAGGGAAUUGUCUCUGUCUGUAACAUCUGCAAGUCCCUCAUGGACGCACAUGUAGAUCCCACCACUGACAUGUGCUCCAAUUACAGACAAAUCAGGGAACAUAUUGAGCAUGCUGAACAGUGCAUGAAAAAGACAGAGACAGUGAUUAAAGAAAAGCUGCGAUAUUUGGAUGAACGGAUGGAGCAACUUAUUAGAGAGAAGUGCAAUAUUGAGCAUCAGAAGAAAGAAAAGCGCAUGGCCAUGGAUAAAUUACACACAGAGAAGAAUUCUGCUGAGGAAUUAUUAAAGUAUUCCAAAGCAGCUUUGGAACAGGCUGGAAAAAACCUAGAAUCAGCAAAAUAUGCCCUAAGAAGAGCACAAGAGAGGAGGAACACAGGUGAAGGUGUUGCAAUUGCAGGGGGGGUACUGCUUGCAAUACCAGUUAUUGGAUGGAUUGCAGGUUCCAUAAUGCUAAGUCAGGGACUGCAGGAAUUAAAUGAGGCUUCAAAUGCCAUUACAGCUGCUAAAUGGGAGAAACAAAACUCUGACAUUCAAGUGAUGAACUGCACCACACAAGUGUCUUAUUACCAGGAAACAAUCUCCAGGACACAGAAUGAAAUUGAGCAGACCAAUGAGGCACUGAAGAAUAUUGAGUGGGAGAUAAAAGGGGUUCAAACACAUCUAAAGGGCACAGGUGAAAUUCAGGAAAUGGUCAGGAAAGCAAUGAACUUUCUGGGUGUUCUUGGUGGAAGAGUCACUGUACUGGAGAGGCAAACUCAAUGUUUCAUCCUCUGGGAACCUGUGGUAAAGACCAUGGAAGAUGUGAUGAAGGCAGUAGUAAAUAUUGCAGAGAAUCGGCUCCUCUAUAGUCAAGGUGUACCAGGCCUCAUAAAUGCUUUGAGGGAGAAUGUUGGAGGACUACGGGCUUUAUGCAACUCAGCCAGUAAUUCUGAAAAUACCAGCUAUUACUGAUCACCUCCAUGUAAGGCACAGAGCAAAGGCUUAUAAAAGAAAAAGAAGUUUAUCUGUGUUUUAGAAAUCACUACAAGUAACUCUGGAAACUGUUUAACAUUAUCUCUACAAUAAUGUAUGUCAGUGCCUUUGGUAGCUGUUUAGCUAAAAAAAAAAAAAACGGAGAAAGUAUAACAUUUGACAUGUAUUACGACUAUACUUACAAAUUAUGUUGUAAACACACAAAUAAAUAAA